AUGAACGAGGCUGCUUUUUACGAAAGUGAACCAAUCGAAGUACUUCCUUUGAUGGAGGAUCCUGCCAAAUUCUAUUCUCCAAACGACAUAUUCGGAGAUGUCCACAAGUUGGUCAUUGGAGUGCAGAACUUUGUGCAAAAUCCGCCGAGUUCCCUGUACAGUGCCUUCAAUCAGCUGCAGACAACCACCAAGAAGGAUGACAAGAAGCAGAAACAGAAGCCUCUGGGCCAGAAGGUGGCUUUUGACCCCUUCGGAAGUCUGGCCUUAACGCUGGGCUGGUCGGCUGGGUUUCAGGUAUACAACAGCCUUAGCUUCAGGCCCAUUAAGCUUCCCAAGGGUUAA